GGCUUUCUCCACAGCCCCAGCUCGUGUGGCCAGGCCCAAAGUGUAGGAUGGGGCUCCCCUUACAAGGGCCGAUAGCAGCCAGAACUGAUACAGCCCCCCUGAUCUGGGGCCAGGACACCAGUUGAGGAGGGGAGAGUAUCUGGAACCAUGGCUGGUGCCUCAGUGAAAGUGGCUGUGAGGGUUCGACCCUUCAACACCCGUGAGACCAGCCGAGAUGCCAAGUGUGUGGUCAGCAUGCAGGGCAACACCACCUCCAUCUUCAAUCCCAAACAGAGCAAGGAUGCCCCCAAAAGCUUCACCUUCGACUAUUCCUACUGGUCACAUACCUCGGCCGAGGACCCCCAAUUUGCAUCACAGCAGCAGGUGUAUCGAGACAUUGGAGAAGAGAUGCUGCUGCAUGCCUUUGAAGGCUACAAUGUGUGCAUCUUUGCUUAUGGGCAGACUGGAGCUGGAAAAUCCUAUACCAUGAUGGGGCGACAGGAACCUGGGCAGCAAGGCAUCGUGCCUCAGCUCUGUGAGGAUCUCUUCUCCCGUGUUAGUAGAAACCAGAGUGCCGAGCUCUCCUAUUCCGUGGAGGUGAGCUAUAUGGAGAUCUACUGUGAACGAGUACGAGACCUUUUGAAUCCCAAGAGUCGAGGCUCUCUGCGGGUCCGCGAGCACCCUAUCUUGGGCCCCUAUGUGCAGGACUUGUCUAAAUUGGCUGUGACUUCCUAUGAAGAUAUUGCUGACCUCAUGGACUGUGGUAAUAAGGCACGGACUGUGGCUGCCACUAAUAUGAAUGAGACCAGCAGCCGUUCCCAUGCUGUCUUCACCAUUGUCUUCACUCAGCGCUGCCACGACCAGCUCACUGGCCUGGACUCUGAGAAGGUUAGUAAGAUCAGCUUGGUGGACCUUGCUGGGAGUGAGCGGGCUGACUCCUCGGGGGCUCGGGGCAUGCGCCUGAAGGAAGGUGCUAACAUCAAUAAGUCCUUGACUACUCUAGGGAAGGUGAUCUCAGCCCUUGCAGAUAUGCAAUCAAAGAAGCGGAAGUCGGAUUUUAUCCCUUACAGGGACUCUGUGCUCACCUGGUUACUCAAGGAGAAUUUGGGUGGGAACUCACGGACAGCAAUGAUCGCAGCCCUGAGCCCUGCUGACAUCAACUAUGAGGAGACUCUUAGUACCCUCAGGUAUGCCGACCGCACCAAGCAGAUCCGCUGCAAUGCCAUCAUCAAUGAAGACCCAAAUGCCAGGCUGAUCCGAGAGCUGCAGGAAGAGGUGGCCCGGCUGCGGGAACUGCUGAUGGCUCAGGGACUCUCAGCCUCGGCCUUGGGAGGCUUGAAGGUGGAAGAGGGGAGUCCUGGAGGUGCUCUGCCACCGGUGUCAACUCCCCCUGCUUCGUCUUCACCCAUAUCUCCCCCUGCACACAAUGGAGAGCUGGAGCCAACGUUCGCCCCCAAUGAUGAGCCCCAGAUUGGGCCCGAGGAGGCCAUGGAGAGGUUGCAGGAAACAGAGAAGAUUAUAGCUGAGCUGAACGAGACCUGGGAAGAGAAGCUACGCAAGACAGAAGCCCUGAGGAUGGAGAGAGAAGCCUUGCUGGCUGAAAUGGGAGUGGCCGUGCGGGAGGAUGGUGGAACCGUGGGUGUCUUCUCUCCAAAGAAGACUCCCCACCUAGUGAACCUGAAUGAAGAUCCACUGAUGUCAGAAUGCCUGCUUUACCACAUCAAAGAUGGCGUCACCAGGGUUGGCCAGGUGGAUGUGGACAUCAAACUAACUGGGCAGUUCAUUCGGGAGCAACAUUGUCUGUUCCGGAGCAUCCCUCAGGUGGAUGGAGAAGUGGUGGUCACACUGGAGCCAUGUGAAGGAGCUGAGACGUAUGUCAACGGAAAGCUGGUGACUGAGCCCCUCAUUCUGAAAUCAGGAAAUAGGAUUGUGAUGGGUAAGAACCAUGUUUUCCGCUUCAAUCACCCGGAACAAGCGCGGCUGGAGAGGGAACGGGGUGUGCCACCACCCCCAGGACCGCCAUCUGAGCCUGUUGACUGGAACUUUGCGCAGAAGGAGUUGCUGGAGCAGCAAGGCAUUGAUAUCAAGUUGGAGAUGGAGAAGAGACUGCAGGAUUUAGAGAAUCAGUACCGGAAAGAGAAGGAAGAAGCUGAUCUUCUGCUGGAGCAGCAGCGCUUGUAUGCAGAUUCAGACAGUGGGGAUGACUCUGACAAGCGUUCCUGUGAGGAGAGCUGGCGGCUCAUCUCCUCCUUGAGAGAGCAGCUGCCUCCCACCACGGUCCAGACCAUUGUCAAGCGCUGUGGUCUGCCCAGCAGUGGCAAGCGCAGGGCCCCUCGCAGAGUUUACCAGAUCCCCCAGCGGCGGCGGCUGCAGGGCAAAGACCCUCGCUGGGCCACCAUGGCAGACCUGAAGAUGCAGGCAGUGAAGGAGAUCUGUUAUGAGGUGGCCCUGGCUGACUUCCGGCAUGGACGAGCAGAGAUUGAGGCCCUUGCUGCCCUCAAGAUGCGAGAGUUGUGCCGCACCUACGGCAAGCCAGAGGGGCCCGGAGAUGCCUGGAAGGCUGUGGCCCGGGAUGUCUGGGACACGGUGGGUGAGGAGGAAGGCAGCUGCGGUGGCAAUGGUGGCAGUGAAGAAGGAGCCCGAGGAGCGGAAGUGGAAGACCUCCGGGCUCACAUUGACAAGCUCACGGGGAUUCUGCAAGAGGUGAAGCUGCAGAACAGCAGCAAAGAUCGAGAGCUGCAAGCCCUGCGAGACCGCAUGCUCCGCAUGGAGAGGGUUAUCCCCCUGGCCCAGGAUCAUGAGGAUGAGAAUGAAGAAUCAGGUAUAGCCGCCUGGGCUGCUCCUGAGGGGUCUGAGGCCCUAGAAGAGGCAGUGUCCAGUGACCGUGUGCCCUCAGCCCGGCCCAGCUCGCCCCCCCUGUCCAGCUGGGAGCGGGUGUCUCGCUUGAUGGAGGAGGACCCUGCCUUCCGUCGUGGCCGCCUUCGUUGGCUCAAGCAGGAGCAGCUGCGACUGCAGGGCUCUGGGGGGCGUGGAGGGGGACUGCGCAGGCCCCCCGCCCGCUUUGUGCCCCCACAUGAUUGCAAACUGCGCUUCCCCUUCAAGAGCAACCCCCAGCACCGGGAGUCCUGGCCAGGGAUGGCAGGGAUGGCAGGCAGUGAGACGCCAGCACCUCUGCCACCCCCAGAGGAGAUCACGCCUCCUCCAGCCACCCCUGGUCGCAGGUCCCCAAGUCCUCGAAGGUCCCACCGCCCCCGCCGGAACUCCCUGGAUGGAGGGGGCCCCCGUGGAGGGACUUCCACACAGCCUGAACCCCAGCACUUCCAGCCCAAAAAGCACAACUAUUAUCCCCAGCAGCCCCAACCAUACCCAUCCCAAAGGCCCCCAGUGCCCCGUUACCCCCCAUACACUACUCCCCCACGGAUGAGACGGCAGCGUUCAGCCCCUGACCUCAAGGAGAGUGGGGCGGCUGUGUGAGCCUAUGUUCUGGGUAGAGGGUCUGGCCAGACCCUUGCUGGGCAGAGAGAGGAUUCCUGAGACGCUGCCUCCCCAGAAGCCCUGGGGCAGGGAGGUGUGGAAGAUAGAGAGAAGGUUGGAGUAGGUGAUAGAAGAGUGAGUGACUCGGCUGGAGGCCGAAGGAGGGAAGAGGGCCGGAGAUGCCAGGAGCAAACCAAAGUGAAGGACGAGAGAUAAGAAGCUCCCUUGGGGCCACCCCUUGUGGGGGGUAGUGGUGGUGUCCCACAAACGCUGCUAUGGGUAGGGUGGGGGGCUGGGGUGCUGCAUAGCCAGUGUUUGACUUUCCUUUCAAGUAAGGGCAAGGGGAGGAGAGUCAAGAGUGAAGCAAGUUCUCCUCUCCCACCCCAGUCUGUCUGUCUGUCUGUCUGUGGUGGGUUUCUGUUUCCAAGGAGAUGUGGUGGGAUCCUAAGUCAUUCCCCUCCCCUUCCAGGCCUCCUGCUGUAUUGGGGGACCUGUCUGGUUUGGCUGGAGUCUCAUGAUGAUAUGGGACCCUUUAAUAAAGGAUAGCAAACAG